CCGCUUCCGCACGUGACGUUCGCUUUACUGGCGGGAAAAUCCAUCAUGCAAUGAGCUGAGCUGGCAGAGGAGGCGGUGAAGGAGAUCGCUGGGGGGCAGAGCAGGUCAGAAAUCAUGACAAAGUACUUUACCAGAGUUAAAAGGCGACGUGUGUACGGCUGGCAUGGGAGACCGGUGAUAAAGGACAGGAAACAGUUACACCUUCGAUAUGGGGGACUUGUUAUGAAAUCAAAUGAAAUUGAAACUACUAUUGUACCCGGGGACUUUGUACUGAUUGAGGGUGACGAUGAAGAGAGGCCCUUUGUAGCAAUUUUAAAAGAACUUUAUGAUGACGGUGCAGAAAAACAUGCCAGCAAACAUGCCACUGUACAGUGGUUUUUACGCUAUGAAGAGGUGCCCUAUAAGAAGAGGAAAUUGCUAGACAGGGAGCCUCACCCUCAGGAAAUUUUCCUUUAUGAAUCCAGUUCAUGUGACAAUGACAUUGACGCAGAGACCAUAAUUGGAACUGUUUUGAUAUCCCAGUUGAAGCCUGAUGAUCCUUUCCCUGAACCCAAGAAAUCUGAAAAUGUCUUGUUUCUGAAGCUGUCAUGGAAUGGAAAAUCUUUUAAACCUCUCACUGCCAGUGUUAUUAAAGCAAAAGAAGGGAUUGCUCUUAGCAAUGGUUCUCUACCUAAUAAAUCUCUGCCGACACCUAACUUUUACCCCAUGGAAGGCGACACCGCGGAGAGCAGACUAAUCACCCGCAGCGCCGCAAAGUCACAGAAAAAAGACACUGAAAUGGAAUCCCGCCAUUCAGCAUCUAAGAGCUCUCAUUCCAAGGACAGAGGGGCACAGAGACUACCCAAUGGAACCAGCACCCCUGGAGUCAGGAAGAAGCUGCAACUGAACAGUCCACCUAAAUCUCAGAAGACAGUUAAUAAAGACACCUUCCUGGAGGAUGAAUUUAAACCUCUGGACGCAGCUGCUCCUAAACGCAAAGUGGCUUUCUCUGGCCUCCCUGAUUCCCCUCCAAAGAAGUUUGUUGAUGAAGAGGACAUCUCUUCGUGCUUCAUCCCUCUACAACCUCAUAAAGAUUUACCAAAGCUUAACCUGAGAUUGACCCCUCUAAGGCGUACUGCCCUAGAAGAGCAAAAAUCGGAUAAAACCCCCAUUGAAAUGAUCAGUGGAAGAAAGCGUAUUGACAAGUCUGAAAAUUCAGCGGCAUCCAAGUCCAAAACGCCACAAAAACUGAAUGAUACACCAAAGAGAAGCACAAGUAGUUCCAGGAGGCCAUCAGAAGAAAUAAAUGGUGAGGACCCACAGACACCACGAUCGCGAAGGAAAUCUGCACAGGUGUCUGUUACCCGGAUUCGCAAACAGAUAAAAUUCCUGACAGAGAACGCCCUUGAUGAAAUGGAUGAAAGCGAGGAUGAUUGUAUUCUCCUUGAGGAUUCAGCUUUGACCAGCAGCAGUGAGGAUGAAAAUGAUAAUGGAGAACAAAGUGAUAAGAAAAAGUCUACCAAGAGAACUACUAGAAAAAGAGUAACUCCUCACACCCCAUCUUCUUCUCGAAAAACCUCAGCACAAACUCCAAAUAAAACUCCACGCUCCAAAAGCCAUGUUGCAACUCCCAAAAUCCCAGAGCGAAAUCAGCCAAUCCAAAAGCCUGCCAAUGUUCUGGAGGAAGCCCGCAUCAGGCUCCAUGUCUCUGCCGUACCAGAAUCUCUGCCUUGCAGGGAACAGGAGUACCAGGAUGUGUACAAUUUUGUGGAAAGUAAACUGCUGGAUGGAACUGGUGGGUGCAUGUACAUAUCUGGCGUUCCUGGCACUGGGAAAACGGCAACCGUGCACGAGGUGAUCCGGAGUCUGCAGCGGGCUGCAGAUGAAGAUGAGCUGCCGUCUUUCCAAUACAUUGAGAUCAAUGGCAUGAAGCUGACAGACCCUCAUCAGGCUUAUGUGCAAAUCCUGAAGCUCUUGACUGGCCAGAAAGCAACUGCAGACCACGCUGCUGCUCUGCUUGACAAGAGAUUCAGCACACCUGCCUCCAAAAGGGAGACCACUGUAUUGCUGGUGGAUGAGUUGGACCUUCUUUGGACCAGAAAGCAGAAUGUUAUGUACAGUUUGUUUGACUGGCCCACUCGGAAACAAGCAAAACUGAUUGUACUGGCCAUUGCAAACACCAUGGAUCUGCCAGAGAGGAUAAUGAUGAAUCGGGUAGCCAGCAGGCUGGGCCUCACAAGAAUGUCAUUCCAGCCUUACACUCAUAAACAGCUGCAACAGAUAAUCACCUCUCGCCUGAACCAUGUCAAGGCAUUUGAUGAUGAUGUCAUUCAGCUUGUUGCCAGAAAGGUGGCUGCAUUGUCUGGUGAUGCACGUCGCUGUUUAGACAUCUGUCGCAGGGCAACAGAGAUCUGUGAGUUCUCUAGCAAAAAAAGUGAACCAUCCUUGGUAAAAAUGCCACAUGUCAUCUCAGCCUUGGAUGAAAUGUUCUCCUCCCCUUACAUCAUAGCAGUCCGGAGCUCUUCUGUAUUGGAGCAAUGUUUUCUCAAAGCCGUCAUUGCAGAGUUUAGAAGAUCUGGUCUUGAAGAAGCCACAUUUCAGCAGGUAUACCACCAGCAUAUUGCACUGUGUAGGAUAGAAGGACUGCAGCCCCCUACUAUGUCAGAGACCAUGGCGGUGUGUCUAAGACUAGGAGCCUCGCGUCUCCUCCUGGUCGAGUCCAGCAGGAAUGACUUGCACCUAAGAGUGAGGAUCAACGUCAGCCAGGAUGACAUUAUGUACGCCCUCAAGGACGACUGAUCACUUCCACAAUUUGUCUAGCUAAAGUUUUUCUAAGAAAGGUUGUAGAUAAAAUGUGCAUCAUUUGGUAAUAAUGUUAUUGUGUAUAUAGUGUUUUUAAAAAUGUUUUAACUCUUGUCGUAUCCUAAUUAAUUUAUAAUAAAGAUUUGUGUAUGUUUUAAA